AUGGACAAGCAGAAUCGAUUAUACGAAGCGUUUCCGGGGCCAGAUAUCGUCAGACCACCCGCGUUCCCCAAGCGGCCAGAUAUCUUCAAUACUGUGCCGCUAGGCCCGGCAUUGACCGAGGAUGACGCAUUCCUUGCACGACAGUUCUGGCAGCAGCCGGAUGAUACUCUUGGACUUGCAUGGAAAGCACAUCCGAAGCGACCCUUCACACGCGCAAAGAAUGAGGAGGGACCGGAAAUGCAUGUCUUAGCCCACAAUGUCUAUGAGCAUCUGAUGAGCAAUCCGUUCCUGCCGAUCUCACGCGAGGAUGCACGAGACAAAUUCAACGCGGAGGGCUUGGGCGAACUCUAUAACGGUGUGCAGGGAUUGGAUGCAGUGGAGCAGAAAGUGUUCAUACACGGCCUGAACGUUAAAGACCCUUCGCUUUGGACGAAAGAGGCGGUCAAAGAAGAAUUGCUAUUAAGAGGUCUCAACAUAGAAGGGAAAAAGGUGGAGUUGCAACAACGGCUUUGGGAAUACGAAUGCGACGAGCGCUUCGGAGUUCUGAAACAAAGUAACCUGCAACAUUGGGGGAUUUCUCGUGAAUCAAGGCCUGUAAUGCGCCCCGCCAUGAGAACAGAUAUGACUGCGCUUGAAAUGUACACUGCGGCAAUCAAAACGAGCCCAUACAAUCCAACCUACUGGAAUAGCCGAGCGUAUUGCCAUUAUCUGCUGGGCUAUUUCGAUCUCGCCAUUGGGGAUGCCUACCGCGGAGAGCUUCUCUGCGAAGUGUUGACGACGGCAAGCCAAAGAAACAAGCGCCCAGGGCUUUACACACGGGUCUGGGACGCGAUUCAGCUACACCUGAUGAUGAGCUUGAAGAUCCAGGGUGUAUCAAAAACAGAUGAGGUCAAAUUAAUGAGAAAGGCCAAUGGGGUGAACUACUUCAUUCCAACUCUACGGAACGCUCUCCACAGCAUCACCAGCCUCAGCCUCGCAGCACUGAAUUGCUGGGAUGAUUUCACCGACCAUAUGGAGGGGCAACUCCGAAGGCCUCUGGCGCAUCGCGACGCGUCUGUUCCACGGAAAAGAUUACUAGUGAGCGAACCUAUUCGCAAGGAGAUGGAGAAAAGAAGAAGAAACCCGACAAAGCUCCAUCAAUCUCUUUAUGGACACGAAUGGAGUCGAGGAUGGAUCUCCGGCGCCGAACGAUAUCCAUACGACCAAGGAGACGUGCAACGUGAAGCACCAGAUUUCCUCACUGCACUCAACGCCAAUCUUAUCACGGCCAGUUCUAGCACCCAAAACUUCCUCCAGAAGAUAUGCCAAGUACUACCCUUGCUCAAGCCGGACAAUUCCUUCAAUGGCCUAGGAGUCUUUGCUACUACAAACAUCCGAGCAGGAACGUUGAUCCAUUACGAGGAGCCUGUUAUUCGCGGUCAUCUCAUUCCGAACGCACUGGUUGAUGAUGGCAGCGAACAUCCCCUCCAUGCACAACGCUGUGAUAACUGCCAAAAGAAGAUCAAGCCAUCGGCCGUUGAACAUAUUGAGAAUAAUUGGGACUUGAUUUCUGGCCAGGUACCCGAUCCCAAGAACCUGCACUCGACCGAUUGCGUGUGUCGUACUAUGAUCUGUAGAUGUACCAAUCCAGGCGAGUCAAGGGGCGCGGCAGCCGGUCUGCUAUUCUGCCCUUUGAACCAUGUGAAUUCACGCGGUGUGGCGCCUGACUGCUUAGAAAUUGCCCGCGAGACAUACCAUUUCAGUGAGUUCUGCGGUAUCGAAUGGGGCUGGUUGCACGAUGCCAUGCGACCCAACAAAGAGACGUGGAGCGAUACAGAAUAUUUCUCACACAACAAUGAGCGACACGGGACUAUUCUGAGUCUACUACUGAAAAGCGUCUUCGAGCUCACUCUGCACCGUCGCAAAGAUGACCCCAAUCUGCUCGCGCACGAAAUCAAUGAACUCCUCGUCCUCGAGUCAGGCACUGACUCGAACAAGCCGUGGAAAGAUAGCUGGUUCCCCUUCACUCUGGCAGCCAAUAUCCAAGUGCCUUUCGAUAUCCUCCUGAACCUUGGAGUAGAUGUCUUCUGCGAUCUCUCGUUCGAUACCUGGGUUAUUCAAACGGUGCUACGGAAAUUGCUGGUCAAUGCUGUACCCUGGGAACGCGCACGAAGAAAUAAGAACUCAACGUUUACCCAAAGAGACGGUCCCAAGCCGGUGAUCAAUCCGAUCACUCAAAAUAGGAUGAGGGAUCGGGGACAAGAUUUCACCGCAAUGGAUCCAUCAUUUGAAAAUCUUUACGUUUUCCCCGGACUGAGCAUGUUCAACCAUUCCUGUCGGUUUCAUGAGAAUGCGCAGUGGGGGUUUGACCAAAAAGUCCCCAACCGCAUAGUUCUCUGGGCAAGUAAAGAUAUCCACGCCGGGGAAGAGAUCCGAGUGCCGUAUCAACGGUAUAGAAUCGCAGAUCCUGUCGGCGAAGACCCCGAUUUGAAUAUGCACGCCAAUCAGUUAUUUGGGAAGAACUGUCAGUGUCCCCGGUGCCAGGGCAGGGGACUCACGCCUAGAACUAGCUUUGGCGGCAAUACUGCGCUGGACGAUGGGUCUGCUGAUUGGACACCGGGUCCAGUGACAUACCCCCCGAAGGGAGAAUAUUGGGAUGAGCUCCUCAGGGAAGAUGACUCCGAUCUAGAUGAAUAUUUGGAGGUGACUCGAGAGAUAGUGGAUGAUAUUUUCACCGCCAUUCCCGAGGUCUACCGUGAUAGUCUAAGUCCUGAACGGGAAAAUGAGAAAGAGGAGCCGAAAGAGAACGGCAAAGCCAAGGCAAAGGAGAAGACGAAAUAG